CUUGUUUCAUUACAUCACUAAAAAAAAGAGAGCUCCCCGCUAGUUUCAUUUCAUCACUGAAAAAGAAGAGAGCUCCCCGCUAGUACCUCACUCGGAAAAAAAAGAGAGCCCCCCACUAGUACCUUACGCAGACCGACUUCAUCGUCUUCCUCGGAACGCCGCCGCCGAAGUGCGCCUCGAGGAAUUUCAGAGGAAGGAGGAGCCAAGUGUUGAUCGGAGAUGAAUGCCCCUGACCGCUAUGAACGCUUCGUCGUGCCUGAGGGCACAAAGAAGGUGUCAUUUGAGAAGGAUACAAAGAUCAUGAAUGCUGCAUCUUUCACUAUUGAACGUGAGGACCACACCAUCGGCAACAUCCUCCGCAUGCAGCUGCACAGGGACCCAAAUGUUCACUUCGCUGGCUAUAAGCUCCCUCACCCCCUUCAGUACAAGAUCAUUGUCAGGAUCCAUACUGCAAGCCAGUCCUCCCCAACGCAGGCAUAUACCCAGGCAAUCAAUGAUCUAGACAAGGAGCUUGAGAACCUGAAGCAAGCUUUUGAGGAUGAGAAGACCCGAUUCGAGGAAAGGAUGAAGCAGGGCUACUAGGUCAAGGGUGUUGGAUGCUGAUGUGAAAUCUCCCUUGCUACUAGUUAUAUCUGAUGUCUGAACUGCGGUAGAAAAAAAAAUAGACAAGGCCUGUCGAUGAUCCUCUGAACUCGUCGAACCUCUUCAUGUGCGGAUUGCGUAUGAUUACACGGCUGUUAAACAUGUGUUGGCACUUGAUACGCCUGCUGGUUGAAUUGCUCGCUCUUAACAGGUUCGAUAGAAGGUACGGACCCAGCUUCAGCGAGACUUCUCGUACUGAGUGAAUGUUAUGCCGAUGUAUUGUAACUGACUUAACAGACUGUCUGUAUUGUGGCCGGACUUUGUUCA